UCAGCUGAGAGGGACUGUCUGUCCUCUGUAGUGGAGAUGUGGAGCGUCUGAGGCAGGCGGGCAGGGGUUGAUAGGGGCUGGGCUGAUGACCGCAUCCUCCGCCGCUCACUGGCUCCACACCUGACCGACUCCCUCAGAUGCACAGAGGAUGGAGCUCUCCGUUCACCCGGGUUAUCCUGUUGCCACCAUUUCGCACGACCACUGCCCGUCACAUGUUCUCCAAGCGCCGUGAUCGCUUGAACUUGUUUUCGCCGGGCGCUUUUUUCUUUUCAUUUUAAUUUUUAUGCUCGAUCACUGAGCCGCGGAUGAUCGCUUCUUUUUUUUUAUUAUCACUGAGUGUAAAUGCCGAGGUCGGAUCGUGGUGGUCUUUGUUUUUUUUUUUCCUGGAGAAGCGAGCAGGAGUGGACUGAUGCUGCGUCGCUGGUAAACACCAGAAAUGGGUGUCAUUGAGCCAAUCGCGGUUCGUUCUUGGACCCGAUUUUCCUUCUUCUUAUGAUAAAACAUCUGCCCGAUCCGAGCUCUUACACAUCUACAAGUUGCUUACACUGAGCAGGCUUCAGUCAAGCAAACAAAUGGUCCAAUCAAUAGCCACUGGACAGAGUCUGCCAUAGGGAGGAUAUCAAUAACACGCUAAUACACCUGACACACACACACACACAAGCACCAUGGCGCUGGAGAACUCGGUCUUCCCCACCCGCCCCGACUCCCUCUCGCUCCCCGUGGAGGAGAAGGGGGAAGGUGAACAAGUGGAGGUGGCCGCCGAGGCCACCGCCUCCACCGGAGUCUUCAACCUAUCGGAGGAGCUGGGCCACGUCGUCACCACCGAGACGGCACCGUCCCCUCCACCCUUGGUCAAGGUCAAGAGGUCGUUCCAGAACAAGCUGGCCGAGCGGGAGGCCACAGCCAAUCAACCCAGGAAGAAGAUCGUUCAGGAGAGGGAGAGGGGGCGAUUCGGGUGGGCCCGGGCUCGGCGUAAGAGACAGCGCUACGUGGAGAAGAACGGUCGCUGCAAUGUGCAGCACGGUAACAUGCGGGAGACUUACCGCUACCUGACCGACAUCUUCACCACGCUGGUGGACCUCAACUGGCGCUGCUCGCUCUUCGUCUUCGUCAUGGCCUACGCUGUGACAUGGCUCUUCUUCGGGGCCAUCUGGUACCUCAUAGCCUACUGUAGGGGUGAUCUGGACCAUCUGGAGGAUGAAACGUGGACGCCAUGUGUCAAUAAUGUCAACGGCUUUAUCUCUGCCUUCCUCUUCUCCAUCGAGACAGAGACCACCAUUGGCUACGGCCACCGCGUCAUCACCGACCAGUGUCCAGUGGGCACCAUGCUGCUGCUGCUGCAAGCUAUACUGGGCUCGAUGGUCAAUGCCUUCAUGGUUGGCUGUAUGUUUGUGAAGAUCUCGCAGCCCAACAAACGGGCAGAGACUCUGGUGUUCUCCAAACACGCUGUCAUCUCUUUGAGAGACGACAAGCUCUGUCUUAUGUUCAGGGUGGGCGACCUUCGGAGCUCCCACAUCGUAGGGGCCAACAUGAGGGCCAAGCUCAUCAAGUCUAAACAGACUCAGGAGGGUGAGUUCAUCCCGCUUGACCAGACAGACAUCAGUGUGGGCUUCGAGACAGGGGACGAUCGUCUCUUCCUGGUCUCGCCGCUGGUGAUCUCCCACGAGAUUGACACACAUUCGCCCUUCUGGGACAUGUCACAGUCCCAGCUGGAGAAGGAGGACUUUGAGAUUGUGGUCAUCUUGGAAGGAAUGGUGGAGGCAACCGGGAUGACGUGCCAGGCAAGGAGCUCCUAUCUAACGGAGGAGGUGUUGUGGGGUCACCGGUUUAGCCCGAUGAUGUUAAUGGCAGAGGGCUUCUUCGACAUCGACUACGGAGCCUUUCAUCACACGUUUGAGGUGGACACGCCCUCCUGCUCCGCACGAGAGCUCUCAUUGGCUGCAGCCAGACUCGACGCUCACCUCUACUGGUCCAUCUCCAGCAGGCUGGAUGAAGAACCCACCCUGACCAACCAGGCGGCCAAGCAGCUGGACAGCGGCUCGGCCAACAGCAAAGGAGGGGAGACAACCUUCAUCGUCGGAGAGAUGACCGACAUCCAGGAGCAAACAGGACUGGGCGAGCUGAACGGCUGCGUCGCCACCGAUCAAUCGGAAUCGGAAGCCUAGAACAGAGAAUGUUUACAAAGACCUUCAGUAAAUCACCACCACACCACAAUAAGUGUUUAGCAGAUCCUUUUCUUUUAAGGCAAAUAAGUAGUUUCACAAGGCUCAGUUCUACAGUAUACGCCAUAUCUUGUGUUACCAUAUGAAGGAGUUUAUUUGUUGAUAUUUACGUCUUUUAUUUCUAUGUUGAUCUUUGUUAAAAGUGUACUGUAUGUGUGAUAUCUCUUUUUCAAUCUGUUGUGUUAGCUCCAAUCACCCUUGCCUAUAUCUACAUUUAAAUGACAAUACUAUGCUUUUGGUGGGGUCAACAAUAAUAUAUCCUGUGGACCGAGGCAGAAUUAUUUUAAAACAGAUAGAGGUCAUUUGUCUUGCUGGGUAGAAAGGUGACAAGUCAGUUGUUUGUGCACAUUGUGGGAUUGUUCACAUUUAAAAUACGUACAGUGCAUAGACGCUUUAUUUUCACCUGCGCAUGAAUAUCACUAGAUGGUAUUGAGGUAUAGACUGAAAUUGUAGUAACCUCAAAUUUAUUUAGAUGGAAAGAUUGUUCUAGGAUUUAUUGUGUAUCAAUCAGGUGUUACCAGGGUGGGAAAGUAACAUCCGGCCCACAUCCGCUGGUAUAUUUGCUAGAAACUUAAUUUGGUAACAAACUUAAAAUUGUUUAGAAAAUCUAUUUGGCUGACAAUUGGACAACAAAGCUGGUUUCCUGCCCUGGGUUUAAAUCAUUUUUUCUAACUUUUUAUAAUAAGGGUACAAAUCAUAUAUUUAAGUAAUGCUUCAAUAAUUCACGACUCAUGAUUUAAUGCAGGAUGUUUUAUGAAUUCCUGUUGCUCAACAUUAACAAAGGAUAAAGUCACAAUGACUUGAUGUGAUUAGUUCACAGUUAAUUGAUCAUCAGUUAAGGAAUGUUAAUUUGGUCGAGUUAGCCGGAUUUUAGUUAACUUUUUUUCAGAGGAAGAAAUUCCUGAAAGUCUUACAGUACAUAGAGGAAUAUGCGGUUAUUUAAAAAAAAAAAAAAA